AUGUUUGUAAUGAUUGCGAGUUCCACUAUUAUUCCAUAUAUGAUACAUUUUUGGGAAAUGCCGCGAGAAUCCACAUUCAUUAUAAUGAUUAUUGAUAUUGUUGGGGUAUUAGUGAGUUUUUGAGUGCACACAUAAACAGCGCGACACGCAAAUGCACAGUUUUCCAUCUACAGUAUACUUGAAAAUGAAACACCCUUAAUCUGUAUGUUUCCAGCUGCUCUUCAAAUCCUACAUAAAAUCCCGUUCAAACUAUCAAAAAAUGAUUGGAAAAAUUACACUAGAAUCAAGAUAUCAAAUGUUGGAAACCUAUAAAUGGUGUAUGGCUUUGAUUCCGUGCUCAAUUAUCGCAAUUCUGACUCGAUUAUUUGCAGCUAUUCUUAUUUGGAUAUUUAUUAGAACAUUUUCCGACGGAGAACCUGAUUACAUUUAUCUCUUUAUUUACAAAAAUGUGGGCUUAACUUUAAUUUUUUGAGCCAUUUUUGUAAUUUCAGAUUCUUGGUUUUUACAUAAUAAUCCUGCCAUUUCUCCUGAUUCUGAUGCAUGAAAAUCUUCGCAAAAAAUAUAUAUUCAGAAAAAACAGUGAUGAUGUGAAAACAUUUGAUGGGCAAAUAAUUAUCAAAAAACCAACAGCGGAUAAUUAUUUCAAAAUAUUCAACAAUUCGUGGAAUUAA